UUUGCCAUUCUCUUACCAGACAUGAAACCUCUUCCCCUUCCUUAAACUAUUUCCUUCCUGUCUUCUUAUUUAUUGCAAUAAUUCUUCUUUCACUUGUAGAUUCACUAUAAAUCCCCCUCUUCCUCCUUUGUGGGCACUCCCAGUUAUCAUUUAACAUGUAUAGGAGAAGAGCUCCUUCUUUCUCUUCUUCUCUUCUUGAUGCUAUUUACCGCUCCAUUGAUGACUCAAAUAAUGGAAGCUGUGAAGAGUUGAGUUUUGGUAGAGAGAAACCCGGUUUCAAGAAACAGAGGAAUUAUACUGCUGUUAAGCAUGGUGGUUCUUUUGAUCAAGAAUUUAAGGUUUCACGAGCGAUUAUGAUUGAUAACUGGAUGGAGAAGCAUUUGAAUAAUUCUUCUUCUAGCUCUUCUGAUUCUAGCUCUAAUGGAGGUUUGUUUUCUUCCUCUGAACCAGAGUCUUCAAGUUGUAAAGAGAAAUCCAGAAGAUCGAAACCCGGCAAAAACUCCAUAAAAUGUAUACCAUUUGAGAAAGGAAAACAAGAAAACAACCAUCCUCAACAAUCGCCGAAGCGUGAAGGUGGUGGGUUCACAAAGACCAAGCUCAGAGCUUUGAAAAUAUACGGCGAGUUAAAGAAAGUGAAGCAGCCGAUUUCGCCCGGCGGUCGCAUUUCAAAUUUCUUGAACUCUAUUUUUUCAGGAAAUGCAAAGAAAGUAAAUGUGUGCACUGUUAAGGCUAUGGAAGACGUGAAUUUUGAUCGGAAAUCAAAGUCCACUUCGUCUUCGGCUUCAAGAUCUUGUUUGAGCAAAACGGCGUCGUCCACCAGAGGUAAGUACAGUUCUAGUAAUGGCGGCAUUAAAAGGUCAGUUCGGUUUUGCCCCGUUAGUGUCAUCGUCGAUGAAGAUUGCAGACCAUGUGGCCAUAAAUGUAUUUAUGAAGAUGACCCAAGUUUAACGCCACCAUCAAACGCUCAUCAACAAAUUCUCAAGAAUUGUUCGCUACAGAAGGACCUGAAGAAGAAGAAGAAGAAGAAGAAGAAGGGUGUUAAUGAAUUUGUUUCAGGAGGGUUUAUGGAUGAAGAUGAAGAUGAAGAUGAUGAAGAUGCUUUGAGUUGUUCAUCUUCUGAUCUCUUUGAGCUCAAUGAUCUGAUUGGAAUCGGACGGUACAGAGAGGAGUUGCCGGUUUACGAAACAACUGAUUUGAAAACAAAUCAGGCCAUUGCUAAUGGAUUUAUUUCUAGUUUAAACUUUAAUCAAUGUAAUUAAUGAUGGUUUGGGAGAUGAUUUUGAGGAAUUAAGUUAAAAUUUUUAUUUUGUUUUCUCGUAAAAUUGGAUUCACACAUCCAAGAGAGUUGAAGGAAUAACUAAAAAGUAAAAAAGUUAAAGCAC